ACUGCUGCGCUGGAGAAGGCCUGGGGAGUGACGAUCUGGAACCAGUGGGAUGUCUUCGAUGCUAUGCUCGAACACACCUGGGACGGCAAGAUGCGGUUCGCGGUCUUCCUGCUCGCGUUCUGCGCCGCGCUGUUCAACUUUGGCGCAAUCAUCGGCGCGAACCUGCUCCCUUUCUCGUCCGACAUUACCGCGCUCCUCCCCGCGUACUUCAAUAUCCCUCGCGGGAUGUGGCUCUGCUGCAUUCUUGCGCUGCCGCUGCAGCCAUGGAAGAUUCUCGCGUCCGCGGACGGCUUCCUCGCGUUCCUCGACGGCUACGGCAUCUUCAUGGGGCCGACCGCUGCGAUCAUGAUGUCAGACUACUGGAUUGUGCGCCGGGGGAAUAUCCACAUCAUGGAUGCAUACAGCUCCGCGCGCGGCGCACGGUAUAUGUACUGGCACGGGUUCAGCAUCAAUGCGUGCUUCGCGUACUUCUGCGGCAUGAUCAUCCCCUUCACGGGCUUCGUUGGCACGUUCGGUGUCCCGGUCCCCGCGGCAGCGACGAAGCUCGACGAGAUCGGCUGGUACCUCAGCGCGGCUGUCGCUGGCGUGGUGUACGUUGUUUUGUGCAAGCUCCGCCCGUUG